CGGUUUCACUCUUCGGUCACCCCGUCCGGAGCUGGGACUUUGCACCCCGAUAGGCUCUUUUAUGCCCAACCCCACCCCUGGCUUGGGGCCAGCGCUGGGAAGAGGGUUAUUAGGAAGGUUUCUUUGGUGCUUUUUUUCUCCUGCCCCCGCCCGUGCAGGAGACCCGCGCGCCCCAGAACAACGGGGAGAGGAAAUCCGCUCUGAGCGCUUCCCUCUGCGGGCCGAGCCUCGGGCCCGUUCACACAAUGAUCUGCCCCAGCGACCCUUCGGCGGGUUCCCACUCACGGCAGGGGCAGGGGGUGCACCCGAUCCUUGGCAGGCGCUGGCGGCUUAGGGGGGUGCCCAGCAUUGGGCAGCCAGACGCAAAAAUCACCGCUUCCGUUCUCCCCGCAACACAGCCAGCAGCGCAGCCUGCGAGAGCCCCAUGUUAAGAUGCUGAUCUGUUUCUUCUUGGAGACCCUGGGUGAAGGCUGUGCAUUCGUUGCAGUGCUGCUGGUGGUUUUCCAGUGGACUUCAGAAGCAGCAAGACCUCUGGAAAGAAAAGUUGCAGCUGUGGGAUCCUCGGUGCUGCUGCCUGCACCAGACAACAUAAAAGACAUCAAGUUCAUCCAGUGGGAAUAUCUAAAUGGCACCACAUCACACUUCAUUGUGCAGUACUAUGUGGAGUCACAAAAGCCAACACUCUAUCCGCCCUAUGAAAACAGAGUAGUUUUCUAUUCGCCCAAUGGCUCCCUCUUGCUGGAAAAACUACAAGAGACAGACAGCGGGGUCUACAAAGUCAGUAUCAAUCUGAUCGAGAGCGAAGCCAGGACAACCCUUCUGAAAGUUCUCAGGCCUGUGUCCCAGCCUCAGAUAUGGAGCAAUUCUAGCCUGGCAGGUUCACCGACUGAGUUAUUCUGCAACGUGCCAGAGGGAACAGUGGAGAACAUUGCCUGGGAGAAAGAAGGAGGCCCUCUCCCCCAGGAAAGAUGUUACCUUCUUUCUGAAAAUGACAGUGUGUUGCACAUUGGGAAAGGGGAAAAAUCAGACUGUGGCUUCUAUUCCUGCAAUGUCAGCAAUGAGAUCAGCUGGCAGGAAUCCUCGCUGAACUUGACCAUUGUCGGUAUCUCGCUUCUGCUAGAACUUGCUUUGAAAAUAUCUGCUGUUGCUUUGGUGUUUGCCCUGGUCUCUGGGAUGGGCUUCUUUAUCUUGUGCUGCCAGUCAGGAAAGCAAAGAAUCACGGGGGAGAACUGGAGAUGGAUGAUCAUAUUCAUUCAGGGUAUGGUGUGUGUCUCUUCCGUCUUGCUGUUCGCUGCAACUGUCCUCUGGAUGCAGGAGGAAGGUCCCUCUGCUGCCUUCAUAUUGCUUGAGAUUUUGCUUGUAUAUGUAAUAACAGUAACAAUCCUGAUAUCAGCAACGUUGGUGUGUCAGCCAGCAAAGCUCAGUGGAUUUAAGACCAAACCAUGGCAACGUAUCAUCCUGGACUCAGCAGCCCCUGGAGCAGUGAUAUUAGUGGUCCUGUUUGCCAGCCUCCUACUCCAGAAAAUCUCCCAGCUCCAAGACAGAGGCUGCUCACAGAUUGUAGAUCUGACAGGCUAUGCAGUCACCUCAGCUGUAAUCUCUCUCCUUGGCCUUCUAACCCUCUUCAUGUGGUAUCACAGGAGCCAAGGAGACCAAAGAGAAAAUAAACGACAUUCCAAGGGGGAAGCAGACCAGGAGUUAUAUAGCCAUGGUAACAGAGUGCAAGCCGAGCAUUGUAACAUCUGGUUUCCCUGGCUGUUCUGAAGCGGAAUGUGUCUGUCCAGAAGCUAACUCCAGACCUUUGUCAACAAGCUGGAAGCUGAAAUAGCCACCCAUUCAACAGGGCUGCCACCCAUUCAAACACAAUGGGGGGAAGUCUGAUGUUAGGGAGUCUUUAGGCUGUCAAACUUAUUUUAAAAUAAUGAUCACAAUCCCAUUAUUUGCAGUGGUGGUGUAGCCAUGCCAG